AUGGAGGGGGACUCUGCCGCGCCGCAAUCGAUGCAGCAGCAGCUGCCUCCGCCACGGCUCGCACGGACAGCAAAAGAGCGAGUGCCUGUUUCCUCUUCGUUACCACCUCUCGUGCUGCGCAGUGUGGAGCACCUGGUCAACGCUUCUAGAGAGUUUGUUGGNGUGCCUGUUUCCUCUUCGUUACCACCUCUCGUGCUGCGCAGUGUGGAGCACCUGGUCAACGCUUCUAGAGAGUUUGUUGGCCUCCUCACAGAUUCCACGGAGCAAGUAUUACGUCUACGCAACGCACUUAAUGGAUUGAUUGAGAGUUUGCACAUGACCGGAAGUGGUGGUGUGAUGCACCAGUACCCUUCUUCGGGUGUCCCACGUCUUAUAGUUGCUGGCAUUCCUCAGAGUGGCAAAAGCACACUAAUCUCCUUUUUGUUGCAGCGCUGCGCAUCGCCCGCCGCGUCGAUGGAUCCUCUUGUGACAGUGAAAGAUGACGUUGAUAACAGCUCCAAUAACACCACCACCACGAUCACCACCUCGUCGAACGUGCGAAGGUUUUCGUUGGGGUACCAGGAAUGGCCCCCUACACGAGUAGGCGGUGGGAGCAGUGGUACCAGCCGCAUCAACGACAGUGUGGUGACGCCACGCAAAACAAGUCUUUCUUCACGCAGACGUUUAAACGGGUGUGCCGCCACAGAGGAACAUGUGGAGGGCGGCAUUCUCUCNCACGCAAAACAAGUCUUUCUUCACGCAGACGUUUAA